AUUAAAAUGUCUUUAAGAUUAGAUUCAGAAGAAACUAAGCCAGUCUAUCAAUCCCCAAUAACACAAAAAGAUGGCUUUGAUGAUGAAGGAGGAAAAGAUGAUGUAGCACUAAAACCAAAAAUUCGUUUAUUUGGGGGUGUUAUGGUUAUUGUUGGAUGUAUUAUUGGAUCUGGAAUAUUUAUAUCGCCAAAAGGAGUACACGAAAAUUUACUUUCUGUUGGAUGGUCUUUAGUUGUUUGGGUAAUUUGUGGAUUAUUUUCUGCCAUUGGGGCUUAUUGUUAUGCUGAAUUGGGAACUUUUAUUCGAGAAUCUGGAGGGGAUUAUGCUUAUGUUUUGGCCGCCUUUGGCCCCCUUUGUGGAUUUCUUAGAAUGUGGAUUGAAUGUAUAAUUGUUCGUCCAUGUACAAUAACAGCAGUUGCAAUAACCUUCUCAACAUAUAUUUUGCAACCAUUCUUUCCCAAUUGCAAAUUACCUCCUUAUGCUCCCCAACUUUUGGCUGCAGCUGUUAUUAUUCUUCUCUGUUUAAUUAAUUGUAAAAGUGUUAAAUUUGUUACAAAAAUUCAAAAUAUUUUUACAAUUGCAAAACUUGGUGCUUUAACUUUAAUUAUUAUAACUGGACUUGUUUUGCUUUUAUAUGGAGAUCCUUAUAGAGAUUCAUUUAACAAACCUUUCGAAAUCCCAGAAGGAAUCGGUGCUGGCCAAAUUGCGAUAGCUUUUUAUUCGGGAUUGUGGGCUUAUAAUGGAUGGAAUUAUUUAAAUUUUAUUACUGAAGAAAUGGUUAAUCCUGUAAGAGAUUUACCCCUUGCAAUAUUAAUUAGUUGUUCUCUCAGUACUUUAUUUUAUGUAUUGGCUAAUGUAGCCUUCUAUGCUGGAACAUCACCGGAAGAAUUACUUACCUCCAAUGCUAUUGCUGUUACUUUUGCAAAUAAAUUUUAUGGAAUAUUUGCUUUUAUUAUGCCUUUAUUGGUUGCUGGUUCUUGUUUCGGGACAGUUAAUGGUGUUAUGCUAACUUCUUCAAGAUUAUUCUUUGUUGCUGGACGGAAUGAACAUAUGCCCUCAAUAUUAUCUUUUAUUAAUCCCUAUUGGAAUACCCCCGUCCCAGCUGUUUUAUUUACAGCAAUCCUUUCAUUGGCAUAUUUAUUACUUUCUGAUAAUAUUUAUACUUUAAUUAAUUAUGUUCAAAUAGUUAAUUGGUUAGCUAUUGGGGUAGCUACUGCUGGUCUGAUGUGGAUGAGAAUUUCAAAACCUCCAAGAGACUAUCCACGUCCAUUAAAAGUUAAUAUGUUCUUCCCAAUUAUUUUCUUACUUGGAUGUAUAUUUCUUGUUGUUUUUCCAAUGUAUCAAGCCCCAAUGGACACAGCUAUCGGUAUUGGAAUUAUGCUUACCGGGCUACCAGUCUAUUUCCUUUUUGUUUAUUGGCGAGACAGAAUGGAAACACUUUCUCGUCUAAUGGAUGAUUUUACACUAUUCUCACAAAAAUUACUUCUUGUAAUUCCACCAGCAAAGAAAGAGAAUUAA